AUGUCUGAGUACUUGAAUAUGUAUAUAGAAUAUCCCUUUUCAUACCAACCAGAUGAUGUCGUACAAACUGGAGCAGCCAUAGAGGGGAGACCAGGAGUUCCUACUGAUCCAGUGACUGUCAGCAUUAGUGAAUAUUCAUACAAGUUUAAGGUGAUCCUACCGGCUGUCACGAGAAACAUGUGUGAUGUGUCAGUUGAUAUUCUGUUUAAUGGGGAAGUGGAGGUAGAGGGGAGAGUAAAUGCUGGUGUAGUAACAAGCACUUGGGCACCAGUUUCAUUCAAUAGAAGAGCGCGAAGGGUAACUCCUCCAGGUCACUUCACUAUCACUUUCACUUUACCAGGACCUUGUGAUACCAACUUUGCAACAGCCAAGCUAAACUCAGAUGGUGUUAUCGAAGGAGUUGUGCUUAAAGAUGGGAUGUGUAAGGCUCAUUAG